ACAGUGGCAACUAUCAAGCUGAAAACAAACAUUAAGGGAAGUUACACCAUAUUCUCUUGUUUGGGGAGUGGGUCUCUCUCUUUAGAAAAGCUACCAUGGACGAUAUGUCUCGAGUCAGUUCCAACCGAGUAGUGUCCAUUAACAUAGAAGAUGAUGAUUUCAAUCAAAACCCUCCUCCUCCUACAUCCACUAACACCAGGAAUUCUUCAGGCUGUUCUAUUUCUGUAUCUUUCGUGCAAAAGUUGAUCGCAGAGUUUAUUGGAACCUACUUCCUAAUAUUUGGUGGUUGCGCAGCCAUCACGGUGAACAAAAACAUGGAAAAUGUAGUGACACUUCCAGGAAUAGCCGCCGUGUGCGGACUGGUGGUGGUGGUCAUGAUUUACUCCGUUGGACAUAUUUCUGGAGCACAUUUGAAUCCCGCUGUAACCAUUGCUUUUGCCACCUUCAAGAGGUUCCCGUGGAAACAGGUACCAGCCUAUGUCGUAUCUCAAGCUCUUGCUUCAAUUGUAGCCAGGCGCGGAGCCAGCACCCGGCGAGGGGGCGCGGCCGCGCGUGCUGGCUCUGCCGGAGUCUGCAGAGCCGCCGGGCAGUGUCACCAGUGGUCGCCGACGGUCGCUGGAGAAGAAGAAGAUGGAACCCGUUUCAAUUUUUUUUUUUUGAAUCGUGAAGGUGAAUUCGUGACUUCGUUCAAUUCGUUGGCUGCCGGCUGGGACUGGGAGGGAUCCUCUUCUAAUCCUCUUCACUUUCAUUUUGUGGACCGGUUCAGAAAAAUUGCUGCAGUCUGCAGACUGCAGACCGAAACUCGAACUCGAUCGAAGACUCGCCUGCUCCAGCCUCCAGGCCUCCAGUGCUCCUGCAGUCCUACUGCCGCCUGCUGCGGUGCUGCCGAGAGGCCCUAUGUAGUCAAGCGUCAACCAGUCCUAGUCCGAUCGUCAACGGUCAACAGUCAACGGUCAACCCGCCCUAGCUGGACUUCGAUCCUGGAUUCGCCGCUGAUUGUAGCUAGUGGAACCCUUCGACUAUUAUUUAUGGGGAAACAAGAUCACUUUAUUGGAACCCUUUCGUCGGGAUCGGAUGUUCAAUCCUUUAUGAUUGAGUUCAUUACCACAUUUUACCUCAUGUUUGUCAUUUCUGGUGUAGCCACAGAUAAUCGAGCUAUUGGAGAACUCAAAGGCAUUGCCAUUGGAGCUACUCUUUCACUUAACAUACUUUUCGCCGGGCCAAUUUCAGGGGCAUCACUGAAUCCAGCAAGGAGUUUGGGACCAGCAAUUGUUUACAAUCGCUACGAGGGUUUGUGGAACUACAUUCUGGCUCCUAUUUCUGGAGCCAUAGCAGGUGCUUGGGUCUAUAAUUUUAUCAGAUUUACGGACAAGCCCUUGCGUGAAAUUAUCAAAAGGGGAUCUUCCAUUAGAAACGCAGCACGAACCAACUCUACUCAAGUAUCAAGAAACAAAAAGAGGAUAAAAUUUUGUUUAUUAUAAUGUACAGAUGUUCCAACACAAAAGACUCUUGAAAAAACUUGGCAUUUGAAUCUAAUAAAAUGAUAUUGCAUCUUUGUUUA